AUUUUCCUGACAGUUCAGUUUUUACCACGGUCUAUGGUAUAUCUUAAGCGGAAAAAUGGCUGCUGCAAAUCUCGUUCGAAGUGCUUUUAAUGGAUUAUUACGAAAAUCCACAACGUAUAAAACACCGAUAGUAUGCAGACUAUCCACCGUAGCCCUUCGGCAAAAAUUCUAUACAGUUAAAGCUUUCGCUAGGACACAAAACAUUCUCGACAAUAAAAAUGGGGUACAAUUUCAUCGUAAAGUGCAGUUCGCCACGGGACCCGAACGUAAGAUAACGCAGCAGGAGAUCGAGGACCGAGUGAUCAAAGUUUGCAGGGCUUACGACAAGCUCGUAUCAUGUCAGCUCUCAUUGGAGUCUCAUUUUAUGACCGACUUGGGUCUAGAUUCACUCGACCAUGUGGAAGUCAUUAUGGCAAUGGAAGACGAAUUUGGGUUUGAAAUCCCCGAUGGAGAUGCCGAGAGACUGGUUAGACCCAAAGACAUUGUCCAGUAUAUCGCUGACAAGGAAGACAUUUAUCAUUGAAACACUAGUUACUUAAUCUCAGUGAUCUUAGACCAAAUGUACUCCAAAUCAUUAGUAAAUAGACAGUUCCCAACAAUUGGUCUAAGAUGUUUGCGAUUCUCUUUGUAGUUUGUGAUUUAAUUCUAUUUCAUUAAGUAUGAACAAACAUCUACACAUCUGAAGGGGAUGUGAAAAGUGUACAUUGUUUUAUUGAUUACAUCAUGCUUGUUAGAAUAGAUGGAUUGCUUUUUAUUUAUGGCAAUGUAACCUAUUCGCCACAAUAAAUGUUCCAAACUGUAA